UCGUUGUUUAUGAAUUAUAAGCAUCAUCAACCUUGGUGGUGCUGAAUGCCGAUGAACUUGAGGCCGUUCCUUUGCGAGGUUAACCUGUUCAACAGAUUAACCCGGCAACUGGGAGUGCAAGCUCGUUCCUAUGGCCCACGUCGUGAACCCUUUGCCACCAAAAUUUCUCAUUACCUCAACCGUGCCAAGCUCAUUGACUCCAUUCGACUCACUCUGCGUUCCAAUAACCCCAACUCCUCAAUUCCCACUCUUCUAAACCAUCGCCUCCUCGACUCUUUCGUCGUUACUCAAGCCCUGCGUUCUGCACCUUCUGCAGAUUCAGCACUCACCCUUGUACAUGCCCUCGAGGAAAGUCCCCAUUUUUCACAUACCCACAACACCCUCCAUGCCCUCGCCACUGUGCUUGCAAAGUCUGGUCGAUGCGCAGAGCUCAAAUCCCUCGUUGAUUCUAUCCGAGCUAAACGGUUCGGCAAUGUUAAUAUCAGCUUUAUGAAUCUCAUGCAGUGGCAUGCAGCAGCUAGGGACCUUGACUCUGUUCUUGGGUUCUGGGAUGAGUAUAGACUUGCCAAUAACCAUGUCUGCACUGAAUCUUAUAACAUUGUUAUGGCUCUUUAUGCACAAAUGGGAAAGGACUCUGAGGUUAUUCGAGUUUUUUCCAGGAUGAUCGAUGAAGGAUCACUUCCAAAUUGCAGGAGCUAUACUAUAAUAAUCGAGCACCUUGUAAAAUACGGGAAAUUAUCUGAAGCCAUGGAGGUCUUCAACGUGCUGCCUUCAAUGAGGAUCAAACGCACUUUGAAACAGUACUCCAUUCUGAUUGAAGGUUUCCUUGCUAGCAAACUGUUUGAUGAAGUCAGGACUUUACUUAAUGAAAUGCAAGUUGAUGGAAUAUUGCCUAGUCGAGCCAUUAGUUUGUCACUGCAGCAGAUGCAGGAGGAAGGCUUUCUUGACGAGACCGACGCAUUGUUUAGAGGAAUUUUGCCAGAUGAAAGAAUCAAGAAUGUAAGAUAUUCUAUUGACAGCAGUGAUGAGGAUGAGGAUGAGGAUGAGGAUGUAAGUCAUGCUUGUCAAUGUGAUCAUAUUGAUGGGGUCCAGUUAAAGCCAUGGCUGGACCCGCGGGCUUUGGCUAGUGCCUUACAGAAUUGGAGUCCUGAUGAGGUAUCAGCGCUAGAAGGUGCAAACUUUGUGUGGACAACCAGGUUGGUCUGCAAGAUACUUAGAAAUUUCAAAUCACCAGAAGCUGCAUGGAAUUUCUUUUGCUGGGUUGCUGAUCAACCUGGAUUUACUCAUGACAUAUACACAGUUCAAAGAAUCAUGACCCUUCUAGCACGUCAUGGACGUACUGAAUUGGUUGAUAGACUCAUCUCCAAGAUUAGAACGGAGGGAAUGAGAUUACCAUUCAGCACCAUCAGGCUAAUCAUUGACUUUUAUGGGAUUUCAAAAAAUGCUGAUGCUGCUCUGAAGGUCUUCAAUGAUGAUCGAAUACUUUGUGGGCCCAUAUCAAAAUUUAACCUGAUGCUUCUUUAUUCCUCUCUUAUAAGAACACUAACCAAGUGUGGAAGGAGUUCGGAUGCCCUGAAUAUGCUUGAUGAGAUGAUUUUAAAUGGUAUUUGUCCUGAUAUACAAACAUAUUCAGGUCUAAUGCAUUAUUUUUCACACCUUGGAGACAUAAAAACAGUGCAGAGACUCAUUGCAAUGGUCAGGCAGAGCGGUCUAGAGCCAGAUGCUUAUCUGUUUAAGGUACUAAUCCAAGGUUAUUGCAAGUCAAAAAGAGCUGCACUAGCAUGGAGGCUAUUUGAAGAUAUGAAAAAUUCAGGUUUGGUACCUGACUCUGCCACCAAAGAGUUACUAGUGAAGAGCCUAUGGAAAGAAGGGAGACGGAGAGAGGCGGCAGCAGUGGAAGAGAAUUCUGAGGAAAUAAAUGCAGUCCUUCCACUUGCAUUGCGUGGUCAUGUAUGGACUGUCAGCUCUGCGGAUCUCACGAGAGUUUAUGAUAUUUAUUCAAAUUGUUUUUAUUCAAAUGGUGGCUAGAGUUAUCCAUAGGUCUAUAAGAUAGAUGUGGAUGUCUUCAUGCAUGAAAUCUCAGCACACAUUAUAGCAGGACAUGAGUUGGUACUCAGAAAUGAACUCUAUUUCUGGUGGC